AUGGGCUCCGACGGGAAGAAAAAGCAAAAGAAGAUGAAGAAAACCAGGAAGAGUGGCGAAGCUAAAGCGAUAAGCGAUGACCGAUUCGCGUCUGCUGUGUCGGAUCCUCGCUUCAUGGAAGCUCCAAAGCGGCGGAGCAAAGUGGAGCUUGAUUCUCGGUUCAGCCGCGUAUUAACCGACUCCAGAUUCGCCCCUUCAAAUGCUCCCGUCGACAAGCGUGGAAAACGGAGGAAGAGCAAAGACGAAGCAUCUCUGAGUCAUUACUAUAGUGUUCAGCCACCGGAAGAAGAUGAGAACCAAGCGUCGGCUCAAAAUAUUGAUGAUGAAGAAAAUGAAGAUAGAGCCAAGAGCCAGCAGGCUGAAAGUGAGAGUGAGGAUUCGGAGGAUGGAGAGAGCUUUAGUGAAUCAUCUUCCGCCAGCAGCACCACGGAUUCAGAUUCCGAUGACCCUUUUAUGGACGAAGAGGAAGAGGAGGAGGAUACCUUUAUGCCUCAGGAGGAAAAUGUGCCAGAAAUAGAUCAAGAAACAAGAAGGCUAGCUGUUGUUAGUAUGGACUGGAGUCAAGUUAGGGCUGUUGACUUGUAUGUCUUGCUAAGUUCGUUUCUUCCUAAAGGGGGUCAAAUUCUGUCUGUAGCGGUCUAUCCAUCUGAGUUUGGAAUUAAGCGCAUGGAAGAGGAAGCAGUUCGUGGUCCUAUUGGAUUAUUUGAUGAUGAUGAAGAGGAAAAUGAUGAUAUUGAGGAUGACAAGAUGAAUAACAAAAAGCUUCGUGCUUAUGAGUUAAGCAGGCUAAGGUACUAUUACGCUGUGGUGGAAUGUGAUUCAAGUGCCACAGCUGACUAUCUUUACAAAAGUUGCGACGGAGUUGAAUUUGAAAGAUCUGCGAAUAAGUUGGAUUUGAGAUUUAUUCCCGACUCUAUGGAAUUUAAACAUCAGCCACGUGAUGUUGCAACUGAGGCACCAGCCAAUUAUGAGGGUACAAAUUUUCAAACUAGUGCAUUGCAACAGAGCAACAUUAGUCUAACAUGGGAUGAAGAUGAACCUCAACGAGCACAGAUCUUGAAGAGAAAGCUCAGUGAUAAGCAGCUUGAGGAGUUGGAACUAAAAGAAUUUUUAGCUUCUGACGAGAGUGAAAGUGAAGCUGAUGAUGAAGAUAACGAUGAAGGUGUGGAUGGUGAAUCUGUUAAAAAAUCCAGUAAACGAGAUAAGUACCGCGCUCUUAUUCAGUCAGGUGAUGACGGUUCAGAUGUAGAUCAUGAAGAGAAUGGUGACCAGGACAUGGAGGUUACUUUUAAUUCUGGUUUAGAAGAUCUAAGCAAACGCAUCUUGGAAAAGAAGGACAGGAAAUCGGAAACUGUUUGGGAGGCUGUUCUCAGAAAGAGAAAAGAUAAAAAGAAGAAAUCGAAAAAGGGAUCCAAGUAUUCAUCAGAAGAUAGCGAGGAUGAAAAUGAUGAUGAUAUAGAGCUUUCAAAACAGCAAGAUGACUUUUUUGUUGAGGAGCCUUCAGAUGCAAGAAAUGGAAAUCAUUCAGUUGGCAAAACCAAAAAGAGAAAGAUGAAUAAGGAGAAUAGACAAGAAGCCGAAGCCAGCCAAGCGGAGCUCGAGUUGUUAGCUGCUGAUGAUGUUGGAACAGAGACCAACUUAAGGGGCUAUAAUAUAAAACCUAAAAAGAUCAAAGGGAAGAAAGGGAAGGCAAAUCUGGACGAGGGGAAGAUACCAUCCGCCGACUAUGAUGAUCCACGUUUUGCUUCCUUUUUCACAUCACCAAGUUUUGCUCUCGAUCCAACUGACCCCCAAUUCAAGAGGAGUGCAGCUUAUGCUCGGCAGAUUGCAGAGAAGCAGAAAAAGGGUGAUAAAGACAAUGUUGUAGUACAAACGAAUAUAUCCGAAAUUCCAGGUUCUGGUCGGAGAGAAUCUGAUGGGUUGCCUCAGUUGAAAGAAAAGAAUGAGCUAUCUUCAUUGGUUAAAUCGAUCAAGAUGAAGUCAAAUCAAGUACAUUUACCACACAAGAUCUCUAAGAAAUACAAAAGCUUGACAGACAAGUUGGAUGGCUGGAUUGUGCAGACGAUAUCGUUGCUAGAAAAUCCUAAUCAAGUGCGCCCGACGAGGUUUUGGGGUGUGUACACGAAGCUUAAAAUAUUUAAUAUGACAAACUACAAAAAAGUGGUAUACCUUGAUGCUGAUACAAUUGUGGUGAAGAACAUCGAAGAUCUUUUCAAGUGUCAGAAGUUUUGUGCCAACUUGAAGCAUUCGGAAAGGCUGAAUUCUGGAGUCAUGGUGGUUGAACCAUCUGAACAAGUGUUCAAGGAUAUGAUGGCAAAAGUAAACACAAUGUACUCUUAUACUGGAGGAGACCAAGGCUUUCUCAACUCAUAUUUUCCUGACUUUGCAAAUGCUGCCAUUUUUGAUCCACAUGCGGAUCCGGAGGAACUGAAAUCUAGACCCAUCCCGAAAAUGGAAAGACUGUCUACUUUGUAUAAUGCAGAUGUUGGUCUUUACAUGCUUGCUAACAAGUGGAUGGUUGAUGAAGAUAAACUUCAUGUUAUUCAUUACACACUUGGUCCACUUAAGCCUUGGGAUUGGUGGACACAUUGGCUUGUUAAACCUGUUGAUGUCUGGCAGAAAGUGAGGAUGAAUCUUAAAGAAACCCUUCCAGGUACUGGAGGGGGUCGAAAUCCAAACGAUGAACUGCUAGUUAAAUUUCUUAUUCUGCUUCCACUCGUGUUCCUUAUUUUCUGUUAUUACCGUUCAUACUUGCAGACGAGAUCAUUGGUUGAUCAUAUUAGACAUCUUUACUAUAAAUUGAGAUUUGGAGGUGCCGUUAGUUACUCCGUUACUUCUUCUACCAUCAGCUCUAAUCAGCAGGUUCCAAAUGCAGCACAGAGCAAAGUGCCUGCUUUUGUGGGGGCGAUUUCCCCGUUUGUUUGUUUUAUGGCUGCCUUAAUUUCUCUCGCACUUUCAUUUUCGCUUGUGCCUCGUCAAGUUAUGCCAUGGACCGGUUUGCUUCUUGUCUAUGAAUGGACAUUCUCGAUUUUCUUCCUAUUGUUUGGAAGCUAUCUGCAUGUAAUUCGUCAAUGGGGAAAGCGUGCGGCCUAUCAUCAGUCAACAUCUUUCUCCUCCAAUACCGAGACUCUAGAUUACGAUUCUGGAAAAGGUCAUUUACGGCAAGCUUCUUCUUGUGAUGUCGCCGCAUGUUAUUAUGGGUUAGGAUUGGCAUCUCUUGCCUUGGCAGUUCCUCUGUUGCCUUGUCUUUUCGGAAUCACUGCUCUAUUUUUAAGAUUAGGUUUGAUGGUUGGUGUUGGCCUUAUCUUGGCAUCAUUUAUGACUUAUGCUGCAGAGCACCUUUCAAUAAGAGCAUUUCUGAAGGGUUACGAGGAAAGAGAUUCUUACCGAACCCGAAGUUUUUGUUAUUUGUGCUAG